GGCAGUCGCAAAUGCCUUGUCUGCGGGAGGCGGGAGGAAGAAGCGGGAAAGAAGAACAGUGGCACCCAACAAGCAAGACAGGCACAAGCUGCACCGGCGCCUGUGCGCGACGACGGCACCCCCACAGUUGUCUCGUGUGGACGACCCCAACGGAGCCCCUACGGAGCGGGCGCACAAAACCCCACCAGCGCCACCCCAGCGGCCGAGGUGGGGGCGCUCUCGCUGCGAACCCACAGCGCGUUGCUGCGCUGCGUGCUGCCAGCCCCGCUCUACGCAGACCGCUUUUUUUUUUUUCUACAGCCCCCGUGCUUCCAGUGGGUUGCGCCGCCUCCCGCCUCGCGUCUCGCACGCCCUGCAAAAAACUUUCGCGGCGUCCGCCUGCAGUUGCCCCGUCCCCGCCGAUCGCUCAACCCCGGACGACGGCGCGUGCAGAGGGGCAGCGCAAACAUGCCGCCACCACCGUCCUUUGGCGAGGCAGCAGCGGCGGCUCGACGGUCACCGCCACAGGCGGCGGAAGGAAGUGGGCGCCCACUACGCCAACACCCACGCGGCAGCAGGAAAAGACCCGCGAGGAACGGCGUGCACGACGCCGGGCGACGGCGGAAUCGCGUCCGCCAACACCGCGCGCCGAUCAGCAGGUGCACAUCAACGCCGCACGCCAUCGCCUCGUCACGGUUGAUGCCCCUUCUCGGCAACCUGCCGCCGAGGAAGUCGCGGAUCAGCUGCCGCACCUCCGGCACGCGCAACGGCCGGCCAACCAGCACAAUCUCGUCUAUAUAGUCCUUGUUCAGUUCAGCGCCCUGCAGCACGCGCUGCACCGGCACCAGCGUCCCCUUGAACAGCUCCACGCUCAGCCCCUCAAACCCCGCGCGUGUGAUCUUCUCGCCAAAGUCGAGGCCCUCCGCCAGGCUGCCCACACCUCCACGCGCGCCUCGGGGUGCGACGACAACUUCCGCCUCGGCGCCUAA